GGUCCUCGUAGCCGGCCAAGAUGGCUGCCGCCGCGCUGAGAGCGGUGAGAGCCCCGGCUCUCCGGAGCUCCUGCGCUGGGUGGCGUGUUCCCGGGCUGACCCCGGUGCGGUGGAGCCGCUACAGUCCUGAAUUCAGGGAUCCUUUAGUGGAUAAAGAACAUUACCGCAAACCCGUGGCCGAGCUCACCGAGGAGGAGAAAUAUGAACAGGAGCUCAAGAAGACUCAGCUCAUCAAGGCGGCCCCAGCGACGACGACAUGCUCUGUGUUUGCAGAUCCAGUGAUCAGUAAAUUCACCAACAUGAUGAUGAAAGGCGGAAAUAAAAUACUGGCCAGAUCCCUUAUAACCCAGACUCUGGAAGCUGUGAAAAGGAAACAGUUUGAGAAGUACCGUGCUGCUUCUGCAGAGGAACAAGCAACCAUCGAACGCAACCCCUACGUCAUCUUCCACCAAGCACUGAAAAACUGUGAGCCUGUGAUUGGCCUCGUACCCAUCCUCAAGGGUGGCCAUUUCUACCAGGUCCCUGUGCCCCUAGCUGACCGACGUCGCCGCUUCCUGGCCAUGAAGUGGAUGAUCACUGAGUGCCGAGAGAAUAAGCACCGGCGGACACUGAUGCCAGAGAAGUUGUCACAUGAGCUGCUGCAGGCUUUCCACAAUCAGGGCCCCGUGAUCAAGAGGAAGCAGGACAUGCACAAGAUGGCUGAGGCCAACCGUGCCCUGGCCCACUACCGCUGGUGGUAGAGGGAAAGAGAGGCUUUGGGAGGCGCCCAAGGCCCUGCGUCCCACUGAAAAUUACCAUGUAUUAAGAACGUAGUUCCUUUUUGAGAAAGACGGAGCAGCAUGUUCACAGGGCCAUUUACCCUUUCUCACUGGGACUAGAACUGGCUCUCUGGGCCCUGUCUCCUUGUGAAGAGGAGACACUGACUUGGGAAUUUCCUCUGAGAAACUCGGGGCCCAGUCUUCUCUUUCCGUGACACCCUUCGGAUGUGAAAGGAAGAAGCUGUAGUAUCAGAAGAUUUAUUAGAAAAUCCUCUCUCUGAUACAGAUGUAUCAUCGAUUAAAACUCAUUGGAGGAAA